GAUAUAAACGAUAAAAGAGCACGAGGUAUUUGGUGUGGAUCAGUAAUCGGUGUGCGUUUGACAACAGCAGCAACAAUGGAAUCCCCGUCAUUAUAUCUGAUUGUAAUAGCGCUCGUUUUAGGAAUUGUUUCUACGGAUGAAGAACUAAUCGACAAACGAAGACCCGGGUGGGGUAAAAGAGGGAGCUUGGACUUUGAGUCAAAUAAUUUACCGAAUUAUAUAAUAGAAAAACGAAAACCUGGUUGGGGAAAGCGUGGUAUGGAGGAUGAGUUUGAAAUGAAUAAACGUAAACCGGGUUGGGGUAAAAGGGCUCCCGGAUGGGGUAAAAGAAGUUUUAACGAGGAUCUUAAUAAUUUCAUUGAAAAACGACGUCCUGGAUGGGGAAAACGAACAUCGGACUUAAUGGACGCUUUAAAUGCGAUGGAAGUUAACAAACGAAAACCCGGAUGGGGAAAACGCUCAGAGAUGGAAAAGAGAAAACCUGGCUGGGGCAAGCGAACAGUUCCGGAAUUGAGUGAAACUGACCUUUCUUAUUCAAGUAUACCUACAGACUCUUUUAGCGUAUUGGACAAACGGAGACCUGGGUGGGGCAAAAGGUCAGAUAGUGACAUUUCUGUUGAACGACGGGCACCUGGGUGGGGCAAACGAGCACCAGGGUGGGGAAAGCGAUCAGAAUCUUCCACCUGUCCAGAUUUAGAAUAUCAGAUACAGCAACUAAUGAAUACAAUUUUGAAGUUGGAGGAAUAUAACAGAUCUCACUGCGGAAGACAAUCACCUACGUCAUCAAAUUUUGACAACUCAGAGUGAUGUCAAUUUUUUCGUGCAGUGAAGUCGUAAAGAUCACUUAGUUUUCAUUUUCCCCCAAACUAUCCGGAAAACAUGGUCGGGACUGGGAUGGUUCCGUCUAUAGUUUCUACUGCAACACCUGCUUGUGAGGACGCCAUUCCAUUAAAACAAAGAGAUCUGUGGAUAAUUCCUAUUCGCUUGAAGUUCUUUUUUUUCGACGCAGGGUGUUUUUCCAUGUUGACACUUCUAUGUAUAAGUCUGAUCAAAUCUUUCUUUCUGACAGUUUUUAUGUCAUCAAAUAUCUACUAGCAUUAAAAUGAGAGCAAAUAUAUAACUAUAUCUAUCUAUAUAGGAUUAUCUGUUGAAAAAUAAAUUAUUAUUCAAUA